GUGUGCUCAGGCUGGAGCAGUGAGAGGAUGGGUGACCGGCCGGGUGAUUAGAGAGUAGAGGUUAAAUUGAGCUGUGAUGAGGGGUGAUUAGAGAGUAGAGGAGAAAAAACUUAAAUUUUUUUUUUUCAAAAAAUACCUUUAGUCCUGGUUUGUGUUACCAACCGGGACUAAAGGUGGAGCUCCAGAUAGCGGCCACGUGGAGGGCCUUUAGUCCCGGUUCGUAUAAGAACCGGGACUAAAGGGGGGGGGGCCUUUAGUGAUGACCCUUUAGUCCCGAUUCCAGAACCGGGAGUAAAGGCUCUCUAGAACCGGUUCGAAUGGCCCUUUUUCUAGUAGUGGCAUGUCAAAAUGGCACAUUAGAUUCCCUCAAGUUGAGCUAUUACUACAUGAAGCGGGAGUUCAAAAUUUGUUUUGCAUAUUUGGCGGCAUUUCCCAAGGGCUUCCUUAUAGACACCAACCGUCUGAUCCAGCAAUGGUAUGCUCUUGGAUACAUUUAUUCAGAACAUGAUGGUGAAAGAUGCAUCAACUACCUUCUUGGGAUGUCCUUUCUUCAGAUUUCAGGACAUCCUAUGGUUAAUCAAGGUCCAGUGCAUGCCAAUGUUUCUCGGAAGCUUACCAUGCAUAAUCUGGUACAUGAUCUUGCCUCAAAAAUUAUUGACGAUGAAUUCCUUGUUCUGGAUCCUGAAGCAAAUGGAGCAAGGAGUUGGAAAAAAGCUAUUCAUUGCCGGCAUGCAGAGUUGAUACAAUACGAGAAUCAAUCCAAUGUUUUCGAUUGUCUGCCAAAAAAUCUUAGAUCACUCCAUAUUAGAGAUUUUCAGAAGUGGCAACUCCCCCCAAAGGCAUUUUCUCGAUCCAAGUACAUACGUGUCUUGGACCUAGCAUGUUCAGCACGGCAACUCACUGAAGGCCAAUCUACGUCAAGCAACAUUAUGCUGCCACGUUCCAUCAAAAACCUGAAGCUACUUAGGUACCUUGAUUCCACGGGAUUGCCAGUUCCUUUACUUCCUAAGUCUGUGUAUACACUUCAGAAUAUGGAAACUCUGAUUAUGUCCAAUUGCUCACUCGAAACCUUGCCUGACAAUAUCUGUAGCCUCCACAGACUUCGUUAUCUGGACCUAUCCGGUAAGCUCUCUAAACUCUCUUUCCUCAACUUGUCUGGGUGUUCCAUCCUCCAAGUGCUGCCUAAAUCCAUCUGUGAGCUGGCAUCUUUAGAAUAGCUAGAUAUCUCAGAGUGUUGUGUCAUUCAAAACCUCGAUGAUAAAUUUGGUAGCCUUCUACAACUCAUAUUCCUAAACUUAUCAGGGUGUUUCAUGCUCCAAGAGUUGCCUGAAUCCAUCUGCCAGCUGACAUGUUUACAACACAUAGAUGUUUCAGAGUGUCGUGCCAUUCGAAACUCCCUGACAAAUUUGGUGCCCUUUUGAAACUCAUAUUCCUAAAUUUGUCAGGUUGUUCCAAGAUAACCAAACUACCUGACCAUCUUAAACUUGAGUCUUUAGAGCAUAUGAACUUAUCAAAUUGCCACGAGCUAGAAAACCUGCCAAAAGAUUUUGGCAACCUUCAAAGACUUGGGUUCUUGAGCCUUUCUGAUUGCUACAAGGUUUCAUUGCUGCCAGAAUCAUUUUGCCAACUUUUUCAUUUGAAAUCCUUAGAUCUUUCAGACUGCCAUGAGCUCAGGGAACUUCCUGAGUAUUUUGGUAACCUUUUUGAGCUUGACUCUUUGAACCUAACAAGUUGUUGCAAGCUGCAAGUACUGCCCGAGUCAUUGUGCAAGUUGUCUAAGCUGAGGUGUCUCAAUUUGUCUUAUUGUAUGAGGCUUGAUAAGCUCCCAUCCUCGUUCGGUGACCUUAAGCUUCAAUCGUUGGACAUCUCUUCUACAGUAUCUCUCAAUGCCUUGCCGGAUAGCAUUACUGAAAUGACAAGUCUCACUCGAUUUGGGGCCACGGAAGGAACUCCAAAAGUGAUUGCCAGCUUUCGCAAAAUUCAAAAGCAUCUUAAUUUUCCAGGAAUAAUAGAGCAUGGUGUACAAGAGAUAGAAAAUAAAGGAUGCAGCAGUAUAGUGAAACUUGCACAGUUGACUUGUUAUCAGAUGCAUGUUUCACAGCUUCAGAAUGUUAGGAAUCCAGAAGACGCGGAGAUAGCAAAGUUGCGUGAUAAAUCAGAUCUGAGGCAACUAACUCUUCGCUGGGGAAACCAGGGAGGCGAGGGUAAAUCUAUAUUGGAGAAUCUCGUACCUCCCCAGACUCUUGAUUCUUUUUGUCUAGGCGGAUAUAUGAGCAAGGAUUUCCCUAAAUGGAUGUCAGACAUCUCUUCCUACCUCCCUUCUCUCACCUACCUCGGCCUUUGUGAUUUAGGAACAUGUGAUACUCUUCCUUCAUUUGGGCAGCUGCCAAAUUUAAGAGGCAUAUCGAUGGAAAACAUUCCCAAUGUCAGGAAAAUAGGCAAGGAAUUCUUUGGGCGGGGCAGAAAGUGUAUAAAAUUAAGAUCCAUACAGUUGUGGUUGAUGGAGAACUUGGCUGAAUUGUGGACAACAAGGUCAGGUGAAGAAAAUGAAGAGUUCUUAAUUCCGAAUUUGCACCAUUUGUCUGUAUUCAACUGCCGAAAUUGAAGUUUCUACCAUAUCCGCCAAGAAGUAUGAUCUUGUACUUGGAAAACAUUGAUGAGAUUAUUCCAGAAGAGGAUUUGGGAAGCUUUCAUCUUCUGCUCUUCCUUUUGAUAUGGUAAUAAAUAAUUGCAGUUUUUCUCCAGACAAUUGGGAUUGACUUCAUCACUUCCCCAGCCUUGAAUUAUUUCAAGUCAAAUCCUGCAACGGCUUGAGGGCAUUGCCAGAGGUCAUUAGAUGCUUCACCUCUCUGAAAAGCCUGACUUUGCAGUCGUUGAAGGAAUUGGAGUCACUACCGAAAUGGUUGGGGUCCCUUAUUUCCCUGCAACGUGUAAUCAUCAGGGAUUGUCCGAAGAUAACAUCUCUCCCUGAAAGCAUCAAGAACCUUACUGCUCUGAAAGUGCUAGUGUUGCAGGGGUGCAAAGGCUGGGACAUAUUGCCGGAAUGGAUAGGGCAGCUCACUGCCCUACAAAUUAUUGAAAUCAUUGAUUUCCCCAACCUGACAUCUUUGCCUGAAAGCAUGAAGGACCUUUCUUCUCUAACAGAGCUUUAUAUAAAGGACUGCCAAUGCCUAGUUAUGUUGCCAGAAUGCCUAGGACAGGUCAUUUCCCUGCAAAAACUUCGCAUCAUCAAUUGUCCCAACUUGACAUCUUUGCCAGAAAGCAUGAAGGACCUUUCUUCUAUAACAAUGCUUUGUAUAAAGGAGUGCCGAGGCCUAGCUACGUUGCCAGAAUGCCUUGGGCAGCUCAUUACCCUGCAAGAUAUUUCCAUCAUCAAUUGUCCCAACCUGACAACUUUGUCUGAAAGCAUGAAGGGCCUUACUUCUUUAACAGAUCUGUAUAUAAAGAAGUGCCAAGAGAACUAGCUGUGCUGCCAGAAAGCCUAGGGCAGCUCAUUACCCUGCAAGAUAUUUCCAUCAUCAAUUGUCCCAACCUGACAACUUUGCCUGAAAGCAUGAAGGGCCUUACUUCUUUAACAGAUCUGUAUAUAAAGAAGUGCCAAGGACUAGCUGUGUUGCCAGAAAGCCUAGGGAACCUCAUUACCCUGCAAAAACUUCACAUCAUCAAUUGCCCCAAGCUGACAUCUUAGCCGGAGAGGAUGAAGGACCUUGCUGCUCUAAAAGAACUUUGGAUAGAGAGGAGUGCGAAGGCCUAGAUGUGUUACCUGAAUGGCUUGGACAACUCACUUCCCUACAAGAACUUAACAUCAACGAUUGCCCCAACCUGACAUCUUUACCUCAAAGCGUACAAAACAUUACCGUCGUGAAGGAACUCCACAUUUGGGGCUGUCCUAUUCUGAUCGAGAGGUGCCAAGGGGAAGAUGCUGGCCUUGUUUCUCACAUCCAAAAAGUCACGUUACAUUAUGAACCAGAAGAAUGAGAGAAACUUACUGCCUUGAAGGAACUCUAGAUUUGGGGACUCCCAAAUCUUGUUCAGAAGCUCCAAGGAGAGGACGCCCUGAAGAUUUCUCACAUCCCAGCAGUUAUAGUGAAUGGUGAGCGGUGGUCAACUUCUCAGCAAGCAGGAGAGGAAUAAGGUGGAAGUAUGGAAUUGAUGGCCGCAACGUGGAGAGCGAAAGGAAACAAACAACCAAAGCACAUGGCAGUAAUAUACUGAAUGAUGGUGAUGCGGCAGCGGGCGUCGAGAUCCAUUGCCAUGAGAUCCUGUUCACCUGUUGAUCAGCAUGCAGGUCUGAUCCAGUGGCAGCAACUACAGUGGAGGAGGCACGAACAGGCCCACAUCUUUCCGAAAAUCCUGUCAUGUUUGCUACCUUCCAGAUGUUUUCUUUUUUCAUAUUUGGAGAUAGGGGAUGUGGUUGAGAUGGUAAUAGCAGAGCAUGGAGAGGAAAGUUAAGUUUCUGCUGGGAUUAGCACCUGCAAAGUAAAGUUGUGAUGAGGAAACAAGGUGCCUUGCAGGAGAAAGUUUCAGAGCAUCCACGCUGAUCUUUGAAAAUUCACAGCUGAGGGUGAGCAACAGAAGGAGCUGGAGGCACGGAUUUCAACGUGGGAAGAUCGAAUGGACCACUGCCCUUGAAAAGCAGGAUAGAAACUGCCCGCUUCUCUGUAUAUGUGUUUUGUAUGGAGAGUAAGUGAAACCGUCGACACAUUCUCAUCAAGAGCUUAUAACCCAUCAACGCUGCUACAACAUUCUCUGCACUUGUCCAGGUGGAACCGCAAAACUGUUGGUCUGGUCGGCUAGGACAAGGGUCGGAUUGAGUCGAGAACUCGAGAUGAGAGUUGAAGGCGAAGGUCAAAGAUCUCCGUCACGCGUCAGAUGCAACAAGAAAAGGAUGAGGAUGCACAACAUGAAACACUAUGGAAACAGUAUGAGAAGGAUGACGUUAUCGCUCUAAACCCUGGUCACAACACUUGGACUACAACGGUAUACAGCCUUGUACAUAUGUGCGAUUCUGCCAAGAAUCGAACCUAUUAUUAUUGACUGUAUUCCACCCGCCGCCAAAUAAAUUAGCCAGACGAGGCAGCUGGACUGGGAUUUGGAAUCCGGAGUGUGCUACGCCGGAGUUCUGAUGUCUCCUCUAUUGUAUGUCGAGUGUAUGUCAGCUAAGGUGCACCAUUGUAGUGUCCUGUACGUCAUGACUCAUGACUUGGGCCUAGCUACAAUGGGUGGUCAUUGGGUUUUCCCUGGUUUGAGUUAAUUCCACGCGAUUGGAACUCUGUCUAUGGCCAGCUGGAGUCCCAAGUAUUCUUCUUAUUUUACCUGAAAGACUGUAUUGCUCU